AAAAAAUCACGGCAUGAAGAAGAGCUAAACUCCAUCCAGGAGAAGAUAGAAAGCUCCACAAACUCUAUCAGUCUGCUUAACAACCACCUAGAGAAGGGCUCAUGCCCUAAGACUUUAAGGUACAAUGCGAGGGCGAAUAUCACGCCCGACGAGGACUUUAAGAAAGACAUAAACUCCAUCAGAAAGAAAGCCGAACAGGCCCUUGUAGGGGCCCUCGUUAAAUUUCACUACAGGCGCGUAGAUAGACUUAAGAAUAAGUACAGAAAGAUCGAACAAGCUCAGUCUCGCAGAAGUUAUCAAGAAACCAACCAGUCUUCCCGCAAAGCGCCGGCUAGGAAUAGAAAUACGAGCAAAGAUAAGAACGAAAACGAGCUAGCCGAAGUGUUGAAAGCUAAGAUUAGAGAGGUCGAUACAUUGCUGGAACAAAUGAGA